CUGCAUUCUGGCAGAGUACAGGUGAUUAAUUAAAAUGCAUCAAAUUCAUGUCACUGAAAAGAGGUCUUCAUAUACAACACUGUAUAUCCAGUUUAUUGUAACCAUGUAAUUUGAUGCUUUGUAACACUUAAUUGCAUAUUAAUACCCUUACGUUACUUGUAUUUAUUCGCUAGAGUUUAACUGAUGUAGAUUCAUGUGCAAAACAGAAAGAAUGUUUUAUUGUAAGAAUGCUAAGAGAUCAUUGCGGUUUUUAAUUGCUGUAAGAGACUGAGAUUACAUAGUGAAAUAUUGCAAUUAUUUUUAAAUGAAUCAGCUAAACUAUGUUGGAAUCUUGCAAAUUAGUACUGCUUAACACAGAUAUUUUUUGCCCAUGGGCAAAAACAAAAGGCAAGUGAUUUCUUGUUGCUUCCAGACAGAAAAAGUCUGUUCGCUUCCACUUGCAUGCUGUGCUAACAAGUCUUUUCAUGCUAGGAAUACUGACAUGGUGACUCUGUUACCUGUAGUUUAUGUAAUAAUUAGCUUUUUAAAGAUGAUUUCCUACAUUACUGUUAAGAACUUCUGUCCAUCCCUGUCAGGUGCGGAUUGAGCUUGGAUCUGGGGAACGGACUGUUCGUUCUGAGAAGGGUAUCCCCUUGAAUGAUCUGACCUGGCAUACAGUAGAACUUCAACAUGACCAUGACAACAUCACACUGACUGUGGACAAAAACUCUAUAACAGCUGUUAAGAUGCCAGGACCUGACCUUGAACUGGAAAUCCAAGAUGGACUUUUUGUUGGUGGUGUUGGGGAUCUGGAAAAACCCUACCUCUCAGCAGAUAAAACGUCUUCUGGCUUUCGGGGAUGUGUGGAUGAGGUUCUGUUCAAUGAGCAUAACCUUCUAUCCUCCCUUAGGCCUUACUCUGGAUACAAAAUGAUUCAUGAAGUGUCACUUGGUUGCAGUCCACAGUUUUCAGCCACUGUCAACAAUUCCAUAAGUUUUUUCAGCUCCAAAGCAUACAUGUCGCUGCCAGCAUGGGACGUACACCAAGAGGGUGUAUUUGAAUGUGAACUGCAUACAGUAAAUUCAGAGGGGAUCCUUUUAUACAGCUCUGCAGGCCAAAGUGACUAUAUUGCCCUGGAGGUCCAAAAGGGUCACCUUGUUGCUAUCCUUAAAAUAGGUGCAACUAAGACAGUAUUGCGUUCCUUGAUGGUCAUCAAUGAUGGGGCAUGGCACAUUUUGCGGCUCUAUUUGUCUCCUUUGAAUCUUCAGUUUACUCUGGGUUUGGAGAUGCACAAUUCUAGCUUUGGGAUAAAUGCCAGUGCACUACAGUUUACUGGGCCACUGUACCUAGGAGGGGUGGAUAUCAGCACUUACACAGAAGUCCGCAAGAAUGGUUUGCUAUCUAUGGUAGGCAAGCGGAUAGGAGGAGGGUCGUUUAAAGGCUGUCUUCGAAAUAUCAGAGUUAAUUACCAAAGGAUGGGCCUUCCAAAAGCAUUGGUUACCAAGGAUAUUUCUGUUGGUUGUGAACCAGACAAACAGCUUGGACCCAGUACCACAAGUCCAUCAAUUAUUACUAUAGAUUAUGAAAAUUUGACAGAUGUCUUACCUGAGCUGGACAAGAAAAAUGUCCUUUUACUUAAGGAUUUGGAGGUUCUUGAAGGAGGACGAGCACCACUUGAGUCUAAACACAUAAAGAUUAACUUAGAGUUCCGUAAGCUUGGGAUCCGACAUUCGCAGAUUAUGUUUCACAUUGAAGAGCAGCCGGUCCAUGGGCAACUCCGACUGGAUGUUGACCCUGAUCUGGGUGAGAACACCUUCAGUAUGCUGGACCUCUGGCAUCGAAGGGUUAUGUAUGUCCAUGGAGGAUCUGAGGACCUGCAUGAUUUUUUCAUGUUUUCCAUCUUCACCAGCAGCAAAAAGGAAGUGCCUAGCUAUCUCAGAGGGAACCGUCUACACAGAUUUAACAUCAGUAUCACACCUGUCAAUGAUGCUCCUGAACUUAGCCUCCCUGAGGGCAGUCACUUCAUUCUGCUUGAGCACUCAAGACGUCGUUUGAGCACAGAUGUCCUUAGGGCCAUCGACCCUGACACUAACUCCACAGACCUGAUGUUCACAGUGCUUGGGAACCUGAAUGCUGACUCAGGUUUUCUAGAAAUAGAAGAACACCCAGGCCGAGCAGUGACCUCAUUUUCCCUAAGCGAUCUAGAGCAGGGUAAAGUGAGUUAUGUCCACAAAGGUGUCAAGAACUCCAGAAUGGUUAUUAGGGUGAGUGAUGGGGACAAAGUAAGCAACACUGUGGUAUUCAGGAUCAUCGCUGUUCCCCUAGAAUACAAGAUUGCCAACAACACCGGAGUAGAGGUAACCCAAGGUGAAGCAACCUUUAUUAGUAACAAACAUCUUGCUGUGCAAGUGAAUGUCCCUAAACAAGCAGUGGACAUUCGCUAUGACGUCACAGUGCCACCAAUCUAUGGUGAGCUGCAAAGGCUGCAUUCAAGUGGGCAGUGGAAGCAAACAGGCACAUUUACACAGAAACUUCUUGAAAAGGAGCGUCUUCGAUAUCUCAGCACUUUCCAUGGUACGCAGCAAAGUAACGUCACUGACAGUUUAAAAUGCAAAGUCACAGUCGGUUCAGUCAUUACAGAUGAGUUGUUGUUUUUGAUUAGAGUACGCUGGAUACGUUACAGAAUCACUAGAAAUAAGGUAGAGAUAGAUGGCGAACACAAAGUCACAUUGACACCUCAAGAAUUCCAUGUUGUCACCAAGGGUGCAAGACUUUUGGAAAAUGACCUUCACAUUCGUUUGUUGACAUUACCAAGGAGAGGACAUCUUCUUCUCGAUAAUAAGAUUUUAAAAAAGAACUCUACCUUUAGCCAAGAUUACAUUACUAAGCACAAAUUGCAAUAUGAGCUCUUAGAAAGGCCAAAGGAUGAUACAAGGGACAUGUUUCACUUUCAGGUAUUCUCAAAAUUUGCUAUGUCAGGGAUUCAUGAGUUCAGAAUCAGUAUCAAAGCAGAUAUUCAUUAUAUAAUUUUAGGAAAUCAUGGACUUUCUCUCUUGGAAGGGGAGAGCAAGGUCAUUACUAAGGCAAUGCUUUUCUCAGAGACACCAAGCUCCAGAGUGGUACACUACACUGUCACCAGCAGCCCUAAACAUGGGAUACUGAAGAAAAUAAACCUCUCUAAUUCCUCUUCCAGCAAUGACAGCAUAAUAGAGUUCACCAAUCAGGACAUUUUGGAGGAACGCAUCUUGUAUGUCCAUGAUGAUAGUGAAACCACACAUGAUGCAUUUACAUUCCUAGCCUCUUUUGGCUCCCUGAAGAAUAAAACCUCAGGCAUGGAGGCCACAUUUAAUAUUUCCAUCCAUCUUGUUAAUGACGAGAAACCCGUACGUGUUGUGGAUAAAGUUUUCCAUGUGGUGCGUGAUAGCCAGCGGUUACUCACACUGGAAGACUUGUGCUACCAUGAUGCUGACACAGACUUUGAUGACAAAGAUCUGCUUUAUACCAGACGAAAGAUCCCCAUGGGUGAGCUAGUUCUGGUAAAUGACACCACACACAAGCUUUAUCAAUUCCAUCAGAAGGACUUGGAAGAGAAGAGAGUGCUGUUCAUUCACAAAGGGGUGAGUUUUGGCCGCUUUGUCCUCUUCAUAUCAGAUGGCAAGCACUAUACAUCAACACUACUUGAAGUGUCGGCCCAGGAUCCAUAUGUUAAGGUGGCCAACAACACAGGUAUUUUGGUCCAGAAAGGCCAGACAGCCAUUUUAAGAGUUGCUAAUUUCAGUAUCUCCACUAAUAUGGAUGUCAGGCAUGAUGAAGAAGUGGUCUUUGAGGUUUUUCUACCACCAAGCCAUGGGACUCUUCAAUGCAAUGGUAUUAAGGCAAAUACUUUCACACAACAUGACUUGAAGAUGGGUCAUAUAAUGUAUCAUCAUGAUGACAGCGAAACACUAGAGGACUUUUUUAACUUCACUAGUAAGGUGAAAGGCCUGCAUCUGGAUGUGAGUGUGGCAGUUAGGGUGUACCUUGAGAGUCAUCAGCAGCCCCCGAGGGUCAUUCACAAUAACCCAAUCUUGGUGGAGGAAGUAAAACCUGUCAAAAUCAACAAGGAAGUUCUCCAGGUUAUUCAUGAGGAUAACAAACCUUAUGAGAUUGUGUAUACUGUGAAGGUGGCACCCGCUCAUGGUUUUCUGCGGAUAUCUAUGGUAGAAGAAGAUCAUUACCAUGGCAGUCAGGAGAAUCCCAUCCAAAGCUUUUCACAGGAUGAUAUCAAUAAAGGGCAUAUUCAGUAUGUUCAAAUAGAGCAUGGAUAUGUUAAUGACUCUUUCUCACUUGACGUAACUAAUGGCGUUCUAACAAUCCAUGAUCUUGUAGUCGUAGUGGAUAUUAUCCCCUUGCACAUCCCACUAGAGGUGUCCAAUAUGACCUUGAUAGAGGGUUCUUCUAAAGCUCUCACUCAGGAUAUCAUCAAAGUUGUCAACCAACACUUUCAUGGACUCCAAAUCUUCUAUCUUGUAAUCGAUGGGCCUCAUCACGGCCGGAUUGAACACUCAAGGAUCCCUGGUGUUCCCAUUCCUUCUUUCACAAGGGCUCAAGCUGAACAGGGGUUCAUAUUCUAUGUUCAUGAUGGAAGUGAGACCAUGGCUGAUAAUUUUACAGUGGUGGCCAAUGAUACAGAUAUCCGGAAGCAAAGCCUGCCUUUUGUGAUUUAUGUCAAUAUAACUCCCAUAAAUGAUGAAUCUCCAGUUGUAACUGUCAACAGGAUCCUCAAGGUGUGGGAAGGUUCUGUGACAGAGAUAACCACUGAAGACCUCAGUGCUGAGGAUCCAGAUUCUCCUCCUGAGAGCCUAGAGUUUAUCAUCACUCCACCAAGUAAUGGGCAUCUAGCCCUGAAGAGUGCCCCCUCCAGGCCUGUUCUGAACUUCACCCAAGAGCAUAUUAAUCAUGGCCAGCUGGUGUUUGUACAUAGUGGUUAGUUUACAUUUUAAAGUGCCUUUCAGAACUGCCCAUAAGAUUUGAUAAGCCAUUUUGCUUGAUCUCUCAGUAGGUUUGCGGUAUUUAUGUUUCGACAGGUGCCUUGUCAGGAGGAUUUCACUUUCAAGUCAAUGAUGGCGUGAACUUUGCUCCAAGGAGAAUAUUCAGUGUCACUGCCCAAUCACUGGUCAUCAGCUUAGAAAAAAAUCAAGAACUCAA